CCAUCAGUGACCACCAGUGACCACCAGUGACACCAGUGACCACCAGUGACCACCAGUGACCACCAGUGACCACCAGUGACCAGCAUGUCCGAUGGCUCCGGGCGGGUGGCGCUGGGGCCCGGUGGCCGCGGUGGCCGCGGUGGCCCUGGGGGUGACGGGCUGGGGGCUGCUGGUGGCCGCGGUGGCCGCGGGGGUGUGGGGGAUGGGCGGGGGCCAGAGCAGCGCGGUCACCGCUGUCAUCGUCACCCGCGGGCUCUGGAGCGACUGCGCCACCGACGCCAGCGGGGUCAUGUCCUGCGUGCCACUGGUGUCACUGGUCACCCUGCCCGGGUACCUGCAGGGCAGCCGCGCUCUGGCCGUGCUGGGGGCGGCCCUGGGGGCGCUGGGGGUGACCCUGGGGGGCUGCGCCGGACCCAGGAGGGGACCCCGGGCCGCGGGGGGGCGCUGCUGCUGCUGGCAGGCCUGGCCGCCGUGGGCGCCGCGCUCUGGUUCGGGGUCGGCUCCUCCCAGGAAUUCUUCGACCCCAACACCCUGGGGGUCAGGUGGGGGAGGGGCGGGG